UUGCCACAUUCAGUCAACGCGCAACCAGCGUGUCAAAUAGGUGUUUAUUCGAGUGUAUUGUUUAAAAACUAAAAACCUGUUUGUGUACAUUAUUUAAUUCAAAACCAAAGUAACACAAUAACAUUUAUUAUAAAUCAGUGAUAAGUAAGUGGUUUUGUUAUAAGUUAGUCCAUCUGUGUUAGUGUUUUGAAAUAGUGAAAACCUGUGUUGGUCCUUGGUUGGAGGCUUUACGGCUUUCUGUCUUAUACGUUGGAGGCAAUUAGCGGCCAAGAUAGUGCCAGGACAAUAAAUCAGCUUAAGGUGACCUAAUCAAAAGUUGAAGGUGCCUGAGGAGGUCAUGAUGGCGCCCAGCGUGUUCCAGAGAAACAAGUCGCCGCGCUCCUCGCCCGGAAACAUGCCCAGGAAAUUACAGAACGGCACAGAAGCAGGCUCGUCGACGCCCACUGCGGACUCCAGCCCCGGGAACUCCAUCUCCGACGCAGAGAACUUCGAAUGUUACGGCGAAGCCGAUGGUGACGCGCCUGCACCUAAUACGGUAGAAAACGGAUCCAGGAGUCCUGGAAACCACUUAAAUAGACACUCGUGGACGAGGACCAGUCUCAGGCGAACCCCACCAAGCCAUCAAGAGAAUCUGCCGCAUCGGCGAUGGGGCUCUAUGCGACACUCGGGGAAGCGACAAAUCGGCUCCAAUGUCUUAGCCAGCCAAUUGUACCGGUCGUCGUCCUUCAACUCGUCCGGGUGCGGGUCGGGUGGGGAGCCAGCUGACGAUAUGUACUCCGAUGUGUCACUCGAGGAGGACGUACAAGGCCUCAAUUAUAAGGUCCAGCUGCUACAGCAGCAAGUGACGUCACUGGCGGACACUCAGAGCACCGCCGACGAGAGGUACGCCCGCGCCAAGUCCGACAACGCGGUGUUGCAAGCGCGCGUGCACAUGCUCGACGAACAAAUCAGAGAGAUCGAGUGCAGAUGCGAGGAGCGCAUAGCGGAAGAACAGAAGCGAUGCCGAGAGGCGAUCGCGCGCGUCGAGCGCGACCGAGACGCGCAACUGGCUGCCCUCACCGACCGACUGGCCGCUGCCGAGUCAGAGGCAUCCCACCUUAAACAAGAGGUUGGCCGGCUACGAGGUGUAGCGGAAACGUUACGUGCAAACGCCGACAUUGGCACGCGCAGCGCCCGCGAAGCGCAGGAAGCCGCGGGCGAACUCGCAGCGCAGCUCAGCGCAGCGCGGGACGCGGAGCGACGCGAGCGGGAAGCGGCCGAGUCCGUCCGAGCGCAACUCGCCGCUGCGCAAGCUGAGCUGCGAACGCUGCGGGCUGCGCCGCCCCCGCCGCCCGACCCCCGCCUCGAUGAAUUGAGACAAGAACUGACGUUGCUUCGUACGCAGAACAAAUCUUUAACGGAAGCGCAGGAGGAACUCCAAGCGCAAAUAUUGACCCGAGGCGUAGAAGAAGGACGCAGCUUGCUUGAUGGAGUAAGCGGACCGCUCGUUGCCACUAACUCCCUUGCGCACGAACUCUCGCAGAUGAGCGACCACGAGCUCGAUGGUAGCACACACACAGAUCACAGCAUAGAGUUGGAAAAGUUACAAAAAGCUUUAAAGGAACAGCAAGACGUGAAUGUUCAACUGCGCGACUACAUAGAUGGCAUCCUGUUGGCGAUCGUCGAAAACUACCCGCAAUUGCUUGAAGUCAAACAUCAGAAAACUAACUUGAAGUCAUAACACCUGUUCAAGAGUGAUAGAGCAAAAUUGUAUAUCUAGAAUCGAUGCGUUAAUGUUAUCUUAGAUAAAAAUUCUAUGCUAAAAAAGUUAUUAAAUUCUAAAUUAGGGUACUUACAUAAGGGGAAAAUAUAGAAAAUAAAUUAUCCGAAAUAUUUAAUUUAAACUCCACAGCGUUAAACUUACCAACUUAGUGCAAAUAAAUAUAAAUUGAAUGUAUACUUAGUUAAAGUUCUUUUUGGCGGUUGAAAAGAGUGCCGAAAUUAUAAUAUACCUACUAUUUAGUGACUUAAGUAUAUGUCAUUGCGAACCUACUUGCAUCACUUGCACGAUUUAGUGACUAACUUCUCAACCGCCAUUAGGUUUGGAUUCUAUAGUUCGGCACAGGUCGACAUAGCAAUCGGGGUAUGAGACGGGGGGACGCUCCGCACACGCGCUAACCCGCACCGGUCCCCACCCCUAUUGCCAUGGCGACCUGUCGCUAACUAUACUUAUCAAUUUCUUUCGACUGCCUACUUAACCGUGAAUUUGCAUUGAUGAAACAUUUACAUAAAAACAUGUUGAUAAUUCUGUUUCCUGUAAAUGUAUCAAACUGUGUUUGAAAACUCUGUAUUUUGUUGAAUAAUCUAAUCGUAGUAAUAAGUUGUUUUAGAGGAACUUCAUAGCCUUUUAGCUCAAAAAAUUUAAAAUACCUAAUUGUUAAAGUAUUACCCAAUUUUCUGCAGUACGAACGUUUUCAACAAGACAAAUUGAAAUUACCCAUGAAAUCCCUUCGUCACAUUCGAUGACCUAUCCUAUGCAUGGUGCAAAUUUACGGUUAGGUUUCAAUGUUUGAGUUAGUAUUGAAAUUCAAUUGUACCUAUUGUCCAUAUUACGUCAUUUUACUAAUGAGUAGUCCGACAAGGCUCUUUUGGCACUUGAGUGAGGGCGCUGUUGUAGCUUUAUGCCGACAGCAAUGCAGCGAGAAUGCAGCAAACUAUCAACAAGUGCACUUCUCAAGAUGGCGGCUUUAGUUUCGAUUUUGGUCACGCGCCAAAAUAGCCUUGUCUGACUGUAAUUGACUUUUUCAUAUGAACUAAAAUAUUUUAAUUUUUUAAUAUUCCAUUAAGGUAGGUACCUACUUAAAAAACUAUUUUGGUAUCUAUUUUUAUUUCAAAUCGGAUAUUAACACUGUGAUAAAAUUAGUAAAAAUAAAAAUAUAAUUAUAUUAUAUUGUCAUAAGUUUCGGUAUUUCCAAGUUCACUUCAUAUUUAUAUUAAUUUAAAAAUUUACUACACAGCCAGAUGAAUGUGUGAUUAGAAAAAGUAAUGUAAAAUUAACAUAAGCAGAAAAACUACUACUUAUUGGAAACUUAAUAUUUUACUGAUGUCAUUGAUAUAAAUAGAUAAAUAUUUAUGUUAGUAAUGUUUUAUUUAAUGUACCCAUGCGUUAUGUCAUAAUAGGUAUAAAGGCCUUUCUCAAUUUAUAUUAUUGUAUUAUUUAAAUCAAUUUCGCUUACAAUAUAAGUUGUAUAUAUAAGUAUACCUAUUUAUUAAGAAUUGAAAUGAGGGUAGGCGAAAAUAUUAUUUGAAAAUAAUGAAAUAUAAGCUUAGUUUGAGUGUUGCAAGCUUUUUGUCAAAAAUAAAAACUCUCAUAAAAUAUUUGUAAAGUUAUUGGAUGUUAUACAUUUUAUUUAACAUAUUUAGAUGCGUACAUUUGAACAUUUCGUUUUAUGUAUUUUAUAUAUUAUUAUAUCAGUCUGAGUAGUGAGUACACAUUGUUUUUAGGAAUUUCCUACUCCAAUUAAUGAUUGGAUGGUAACACUGAACGACUUUAAUGUCAUCUUUCAGUUCACAGAUGAUAAUAAUUCAUAGCCCUGUACAAUAUUGUAUGCGGGAAUGUUUCCCUACGCGUAAUAGUUAACGAAAUUGACUAUUUAUAAUGAAAAUAUAACAUUUUCUUACAAAAAAUAGAAUGUUUUCACCAUUAAUAAAAUGUAAAUAAUGUAUAGUGGUUACAAAGAAUAAAAGAAAUAUUGUUCCUUAAUUUGAAGAUUAUUAUUUAGUCCAGUUGAUAUUAAACAAUUCUGUAAUAUAAACCAUAGUGUAGAAUUUUAGAUCUGGGUUAGUUUUAGACAAAUAUAAGGCCAGGCCGUCCAUAUAUUAUUAUUGCUACCUAAAACGAUUUUUUUUUACCUUAAGACUGGAUGUAGGUAGUUUAAAAUUCGGUGUAAGGAAACCGAUGCUCCGAAUCAUAAUUAAAAAUAUAUAUAAGCAAUAAUCUUAAUUUAUGAAUUUUAUUAUAAAGCCAUUAAGCGUAUGUACUUCUAAAUCUAUAUGUUUAGUAACAUACCUUAGUAUCCUUAAAUAGUUAAAAUAAAAAUAAAAUAUGUAUAGUUACUAUUUUUACAUUGAAAUAUUAAUAAGGAUAUCCUUUAGUUAAGCAUUUGUGUACAUUUUGAUAACACGAUUAAUAUUAUAAGAAAAAAAUACGUAAUAAUAAAAAUGUUAUAAUCGUCGAAGUAAAUUAAAUGAAACAAUUCUAAUAUA